CACUCUAAUCACUCAUUGCAUACACGGUUAAUUACAUAAAGCCACUUACUAUAUAUGCAGCUUAGUAGCAGAGCUCAAGGUUGUAGCUUCAGUUCAAGCAAGAACUGAACUUGUUGAAGGUUAGCAUCAGUUAGCAGCUAAGGCCAUCGCCAUGGGAGUGUCCAGUGGUGCAAGCGAGUCCCUCCUUCCCCGGGCCGGCGGCGAUGGAUCGCUGGCCAUGGUCAUCGCCAGCACCGGCGUUGCCGUGCUCGGCUCCUUCGUCUUCGGCGUCUCGAUUGGUUACUCAGCACCAACUCAGUCCAAGAUCAGGGAGGAUCUUCAGCUCUCGCUCUCCGAGUAUUCGGUUUUCGGAUCAAUAAUAACAAUUGGGGCAAUGAUAGGAGCAGUUGCAAGUGGGCACCUUGCUGACAUUUCUGGAAGAAAAGGGGCAAUGAGGACUUCUGCUCUUGUUUGCAUUGUCGGAUGGCUUGCAAUCUUCUUUGCACAAGGUGCUGUUUCACUUGAUUUUGGGAGAUUCUGUACCGGAUUUGGAGUAGGAGUAUUUUCAUAUGUGGUACCGGUUUUCAUAGCAGAAAUAGCUCCGAAAGCUCUUCGUGGGGGGCUUACAACACUGAACCAAUUGCUGGUGUGCACUGGGUUAUCUGUUACUUAUAUUGUCGGUACUAUGGUGACAUGGCGCAUGUUGGUCAUAGCAGGACUUGUACCGUCCAUAAUUCUUAUAGUUGGUCUUUCCUUCAUUCCUGAAUCCCCUCGGUGGCUGGCAAAGGUUGGACGGCAAAAGGAGUUUGAAAUAGCGCUCCAACGCCUCCGUGGUAAAGAUGCGGAUGUGUCCAUUGAAGCUGCAGAAAUCAAGGAGUUCAUUGAGACCAUUGAAAACCUUCCAAAGGCUGGAGUUCAGGAUCUUUUCAACAGAGCCUACAUCCGUCCUGUCAUUGUUGGUGUUGGCCUGAUGGUGUUCCAGCAGUUUGUAGGAAUUAAUGGAAUCUUGUUCUAUGCCAGUGAAACUUUUGUAUCAGCCGGGUUUGCUUCAGGAGACCUAGGAACAAUCUUGAUGGGGUGUAUCCAGGCGCCAAUCACAGCUGUUGGAGCAUUACUGAUGGACAGAAGUGGUAGAAGGCCACUGCUGUUGAUUUCAACAUCAGGACUCCUAAUUGGCUCUCUCAUGUCAGCAGUAUCCUUCUACCUGAAGAUUCAUGGGCUUUUCUUGGAGCAAGUACCAAUCAUCGCACUCACUGGCAUAUUGGUGUACAUUGCUAGCUAUUCAAUAGGAAUGGGGGCAGUCCCUUGGGUCAUAAUGUCAGAGAUAUUUCCCAUAAAUAUAAAAGGAAUCGGUGGAAGCUUUGUGACUCUGGUGAACUGGUCCGGUUCAUGGGCAGUUUCUUUUGCCUUCAACUUCUUCAUGAGCUGGAGUUCUUCAGGGACAUUCUUCCUUUUCGCAUUAGUUUGCGCAGUGGCCAUCCUUUUCAUUGUGAAGAUCGUGCCAGAGACAAAAGGCAAAACUCUGGAGGAGAUUCAGGCCUCAAUGAAUAGUAGCACAUAGGUGCCAAAGGGAAAACAGAAGCCCUGACACUUUUUUGUCGGUCCAUGCACUUGUUGAAAGCCAUUUACCGGUUUGAGUCUUUUCUGCUCUGUAAUAGAAUUCAAGUUCAUUUGCUGCUGCUAUCAGCCAGUUCAGUCUUUCAAACAGUGCAAAAGAAAUAUAGUGAAAAUAAAAGGCUGAGAUCAAUAGAUAUUGAGUUUGACAACCAGAUAACC